AUGGACAAGCCAUCACGGGAUGAUCAUUGGAUCAUCCUUUUGAGAAUGAACAUGACACCCCAGGCCAAUCUGUGUCUCAUAUCCGACCGACAUCCAUCUAUCAAGAGUGUUUAUGAUGAUCCUGAAAAUGGAUGGCAAUAUCUUCCAUCUUCACAUGUUUACGAGGCCAUGUUUGGACAAAAAUGCUGGCGUCUGGUCAACCUUUCAUGGAUAACUGUAAUAAGGGAAUGGCUGAAGAAGCGAGUAAAUCUAGCAGACAUAAUGUCAUCCAAUUUGAUUGCGAGAUAUUCUAUUUUAUGGUGGCCAAAAGAAUUAAUCAGAAAGAUGGCCGACCAUUGGGUACUUUCGACAUUGAUCUCAACAUGUACUAGUAUACGCCAGGACCACACCAUGUACAUACCAGAUGUUUUCAAGAUUUUUAGUGUUUUUAAAAUCUACAAGGAAAGCUUCUUUGAACUUCCACACCAUGAAAACUGGCAAACAUAUGAAGGAUAUACUCUUUUCCAUGAUGAGACAAUGCGAAGGAAGAAGAAAGGAUGCCCAAAUAGUACUCAAAUUAGAACCAAAAUGGACGACGUUGAAAAAGAGAAGAGAAAAUGUGUGAUUUGUCACAAAAUAUGCCAUAUGCGUAGAAAAUGUCCAAAUAUAGCUGGCCCGUCUAGAUGA